CCCGCGGGAGCCAGGAGCCAGGAUCGAGUGCCAUGCCGGGAGCUGACAACAAUCGAUCAGGCAGGCCGUGCCAGCUGGCGCGGAGGCUGGCUGGGCGGCGAGAAGUCGGUCACGACAGCACUCUACCAACUUUCAACCACCCUUCUUGUCUACCUACCUACUUACAUUCUUGUGCACGACAGCGACGACAGAGACGAAGACGACGAGUAGCUUGCCCCCUCCAGCUAGCAGCCUGUGCAUGCCCCCCGCUCCGCGCAACUAGACACACGACCGACACCCGGCCCGAGCGCCGCGCCGCCGCCCACCGACGACAAUGGGGAUACCCGUCGUGCUGGCCAUCUUUGUCGGCCUCGCGUGCUCGUUCAUCCAGUCGCUGGGCCUCACGAUCCAGCGCAAGUCGCACGUAGAGGACGCCGAAGCCCCGCCCGAGCUGCGCAAGAAGGCGCUCCGCCGCCCGCUGUGGAUCAUCGGCUUUGCAGUCUACAUCUCGAGCAAUGUGUUUGGGUCGGUGUUCCAGAUCGGGGCGCUCCCCAUCGUCGUGCUCGCCCCGCUCGGCGGCAUCUCGCUGCUGUGGAACUCGCUGCUCGCGCACCUCCUCCUAGGCGAGGGCUUCACGAGCGCGAUGAUGCUCGGCACGGUGCUGAUCGCGAGCGGCGCGGUACUCAUCGCCAUCUUUGGCGUGGUGCCCGACAGCACGCACAGCCUCGACGAGAUCCUCGCGCUGUGGGCCCGCCCGCCGUUUGUCGUCUUCUUCAGCGUCGUGUGCCUCGCCGUGACUCUCACGCUCGUCGCGGCCCAUGUCACCGUGUGGCGCGUCACGCGCGACAGCGAGACGAGCGGGCGCAUCAAGCUUGGCCUGGACGGCGUCGACGAGUCGGACGACAGCCCCGCCAUUCCCUUCCGCCGCACGAGCUUUGGCGCCGAGCAGGCGCUCGAGACGGUCCCCGUCCUCGCUGCCGUUCCUGACGCCUCGCCCGCUCCGUCGCCCACAAGACCCGACACCAAGACGGUGCGCUUCGCCUACGGGUCCUUCUCCGACGUCGACGCCGAGGACGCAGAGUACCUCGGCGCGCGGGCCAGCGCCGACGAGCGCACGCUCACGCUCGCUGGCUUGGCGUUCGGUGCAGCCUCCGGCACCCUGUCAGGCCUCUGCCUCGUCCUCGCCAAGGCGGCUGUCGAGCUCGUCAUCUCCACGAUAGAGUACUGGCGCACUGGGCGCGGCUCAAACGAGUUUACCCGGCCUCAGACGUGGCUCCUCGUGGCUGGACUAGCGGUGGCGGCAGUGCUCCAGCUAGUGUACCUCAACUACGGGCUCCUGUUCGCGUCCCCCGCGCUCAUUUGCCCGCUCGCGUUCUGCUUCUUCAACCUCGCCUCAAUCUUUGACGGUCUCGUGUUCUACGACCAGUUUGGCCGCCUCAGCGCACACCAGAUUGUGCUCGUGUCCCUUGGCGUGGCCAUCCUGCUCGUUGGUGUGUGGACCGUCUCGGCGAUCCAGCCCACGGGCCAAGGAGGCGUCGAGGUCGGCACUUGGGUCGAGGAGGAAGUGCUGUGCGAGGAGCCCCUCGAUAUCGAGGCGCAGGACGAGCUCGAGGCUGGCGACGGAGCGACGUUACUCGGUGGCGGCGACGACUCGCUCGUCGCCGAGCCCGAGGAGCUCGAGCCGCCGCCAGCGCCCGUUGGCCCGCCCCGAUCGCCGCGCAUCGAUACCGCCAUCGCGGCCGGCGCGACCCCCAUGUCGCCCCACUCGCCCCACUCGCCGACGCUGCCCCGCCGCAGACGCCCAAGAUUCGGCACGCUCGUGCCCGAGCUGGCGCCGGUGGGCGCGCCGACCGGCUUCGCAUUCGGCAUUGGUGCCGCGUCGCCCGGUUUCGCGCUGCGCUCAAACUCGAUCAGCCAGGCCAACGGCCCCCCGUCGCCCGUGCUCCGCCGGGGCAGAAGCCGCAGCGACGCGGCGGCGCGUGCCGGGUCCGUCGACCCCAGCUUGCCAGUUGUGCCAGGCGUCAAGCGGCCCAGACCCCACAGCAUGACGCUGCCGACUACCGCCGUCGAGGCGAUCCCUACGCCGCCAAUCGAGCAUCCAGAGGCCGUCAUCGCCGAAUGGGACAACACGCAGCCUCCGCGCCGGCAGCGCUGGCGCUGGCCGUCGCUGUGGGGCAGUAGCAGUCAGGUCAAGCUAUUGUAGUGGUCGUGUGUCGGGUUAGUCACUGCUAGAAGUUUAGAGGGGAGCACGCGGCUUCGGCCGGCGUGUUUGUACAACAGUAAUCCAAUGUGC